AUGGUGGAGAGAAGAAAGCCUCUGGUUCUAUGUUCCACCAAAAAUGUCAUCAAUUCCUUAUUGAACUCUUCCACUUCUUCAAUCAAUGACUUCCCCAACUUGCAUUUACCGGUUGGAAUUCUCCGAUUAUCCAACAAUUUGCCUUCUCUUGACCACUCCGCACUCAUUGCUCUCUCCACUUCUCUUCUCAAAAGACUUUCCAUCACUUCCGGUUCACCGGUUUUGAUAAAAAAUGCUGAAAUGAACACGCACAGAAUUGCAGUGGCUAUUGCUCUUGACCCUCCUAGCAAUGACAACGACACCCUUGACAUUGAUCACUCAUUGUCCUCCUCUUCUAGAAUAAUGCUUGUGUUUCCUUCUUGUGAUUUCCCUCUCAACGGUCCUUUGUUCAACACUGAAAUUGCUUAUUUGUCUCCUCUUUUGGCCUUUAAUCUUAACUUGCACAUUUCAUCUUUGAAAUCCGUUAUUCACAACGGCCAAGAUGCUUUGUCCUCUUAUUUCAAACCUCAAUGUCAAGCGGGUCAUGAGGGUGCUGAUAAAAGCAUUGAGGAUUCAGUCAUUAAUAUAGAGUUGGCGCCACUUGCUCAACCUCCGAGAUUUGCUUCCCUUCUGAGGGUUGCUUUUGUGAAGAUACCGGAAUGUGGCAUCCUUGAUUCCAUUAAACCAACUUCGGAUGUUGAAACCAAAGAACGUCAAGACCUGAUUGACUUGGCGUUGCAGAAGUAUUUUGAAGUUGAUAGAUAUUUGUCGACCGGAGAUGUUUUCGGAAUUAACAUUAGUUGGAACUGUAAUUCCACUAUUUGCAUUCCUUGUAACCAAAAAACACAAAAGCAAAAUGACAACCGCAUUUGUUUUAAGGUCAUUGCUAUGGAACCAUUAGAUGAACCAGUUCUCCGUGUCAAUAAUACCUUAACCGCGUUGGUGUUAGUAGGGAACUCCCAGUCUGCCCUUCCUCCAGAUUUGUUAAUUGCUGGACCAGAAGGGCCUGUGCCUUUGCAAAGGGACACAGUGAAGAUCUUGGCUUCAAUACUUGCACCAACUUUGUGUCCAUCAGCACUUUCUUCCAAGUUUAGAGUUUCGGUGUUAUUAUAUGGCUUGGCAGGUUGUGGGAAAAGGACCGUUGUUAGAUAUGUUGCUCGUCGACUGGGCCUGCAUGUGGUGGAAUAUAACUGUCACGAUUUAAUGGGCUCUGAUAGAGCAUCUGUUGCUCUAGCUCAAGCUUUCAAGACUGCUCAAAGAUACUCGCCAACAAUACUUCUUCUUCGUCAUUUUGAGGUGUUUCGAGAUUCACAUUCACCUGAGAUUUCACCAAAUGAUCAAAGAGGCAAUGCAUCUGAAGUUGCAUCAGUUAUUAGGAAAUUCACUGAACCAGUUGGUGAACAUGAUGAGAACUCUCUGAUGAAAUCAAACGGCGAAUUUGUGGAGAAGAAUGCUGAAAAGACAAGCGGGCAUCCGGUCCUGUUGAUUGCUGCAGCUGAUAGUUCGGAGGGUCUACCUUCAACCAUCAGACGCUGCUUUAGCCAUGAAACGAAAAUGGGGCCUUUGACAGAAGAGCAAAGGGCUGAAAUGCUAUUGCAUUCACUGCAAAAUAUUUAUGGACUCCAUUCUAAUACUGAUUUAGAGGGUAUUGUAAAAGAAAUAGUUGGACAGACAUCUGGUUUCAUGCCUAGGGAUAUGUGUGCUUUAAUUGCAGAUGCUGGUGCCAACUUAUUUCCCAGCAGCAAUGCUGAAGUAGACAAAGUUGAACCAGAAGUUGCAGAUAGUUCUCUUAGUUCAAAGGUGACAGAGGACAAGGAGUCUGAAGUUUCAGCUCGAAAACCUGAGAAAGAAGACUUGGUGAAUGCUUUGGAACGAUCAAAGAAAAGAAAUGCGUCAGCAUUGGGUACUCCAAAGGUUCCGAAUGUAAAAUGGGACGAUGUUGGUGGGCUUGAAGAUGUCAAAAAAUCAAUCCUGGAUACUGUUCAGUUGCCUCUCUUGCAUAAAGAUCUAUUUGCAUCUGGGUUACGCAAGCGGUCUGGUGUUCUUUUGUAUGGUCCUCCUGGAACUGGCAAAACAUUAUUAGCAAAAGCUGUUGCUACAGAGUGUUCCUUAAAUUUUCUUAGUGUGAAGGGUCCCGAACUGAUCAACAUGUACAUAGGCGAGUCUGAGAAGAAUGUCCGAGACAUUUUUCAGAAGGCCAGAUCAGCCCGUCCAUGUGUCAUCUUCUUUGAUGAGCUUGACUCUCUUGCACCAGCUCGGGGAGCUUCCGGAGAUUCUGGGGGUGUUAUGGAUAGAGUGGUUUCGCAGAUGCUUGCAGAAAUCGACGGCUUAAGUGAUUCAACACAGGAUCUAUUUAUUAUUGGUGCAAGUAAUAGACCAGAUUUGAUAGACCCGGCACUUCUUCGCCCUGGUCGUUUUGAUAAAUUGCUAUAUGUUGGCGUUAACUCUGAUGCAUCUUACAGAGAGCGGGUACUGAAAGCUCUUACGAGAAAGUUCAAACUGCAUGAAGAUGUUUCACUUUAUUCCAUUGCAAAAAAAUGUCCACCAAACUUCACCGGUGCAGACAUGUAUGCCUUGUGUGCAGAUGCUUGGUUCCGUGCUGCAAAACGCAGGGUUUUGAAUGCAGAUCCAGAGUCCUCCAACCCAGAUAAUGAAGCAAAUUCUAUUGUUGUUGAAUACGACGAUUUUGUCCAGGUCUUAGAAGAGCUUCAGCCUUCCCUCUCAACGGCCGAGCUUAAGAAGUACGAGCUUCUUAGAGAUCAGUUUGAAGGCACCUCUAAAUGA